AUGAGAGUUCGUGGCAAUUCUCUCCCAUGGAUUACCUCGAAAGUAAAGGAGUUAAUGCGAGAGAGAGAUUUUCACAAAAAGAAGGCCGUAAAAAAUAAUUCGGACAUGCACUGGAUCAAGUUUAGAGCAAUUAGGAAUAAAGUCAAUUCUGAAUUAAAGAAGGCUAAAAAGAACUACUUUUGCAAUAAAAUCAAAGAUUGUGUCAGGGUAAAGGACCCUAAGCAAAGUUGGAAAUUAAUAAACAAUCUUUUAGGCAAAAAUAAUAAAUCAAAUAAUAUUUCUCAACUUAAAGUUGAAGACGUUAUUAUUUCUGACGACAUAAAGAUAGCCGAGUCCUUUAAUGAUUUUUUUGUGAAUAUCGGAGCUAAACUAGCUAACGAAAUCGAGAUCAAUUCCACUGAUUUCACUUCAUUACAAAGUGUUCCUUUUAGGCCAGAUAUUCAGUUUAAGUUCUCUGAAAUAAGUACACACGAAGUGUGUCUUCAAUUACGCAAUCUUAAAACAUCAAAAUCAACAGGUAUUGAUACAAUUCCAGCGAGAGCACUUAAAAUUGCUGCUGAAAUAAUUAGUCCGUCACUAACGUGGAUAUUUAAUUUAUCAAUUAAAACUGGAAUUUAUGUGGAAGAAUGGAAAAAGGCUUGGGUUUUACCGAUAUAUAAAUCUGAAGACAGACAAAAAUGCGAAAAUUAUCGUCCAAUUUCUAUUCUACCAAUUAUAAGUAAAAUCUUUGAACGUUUAGUCUUCAACCAAUUAUACAAAUAUCUAAAUGAAAACUCCCUGCUUUCUAAGUAUCAAUCCGGCUUCCGUCCAAAGAACUCAACUUUGUCUGCACUUAUUCAAAUGUGCGAUGCGUG